GUCCCUCGAUCGGUCGUAAAAAAUUCCCGUCUUGCCGUCCCACUCCAGGCACGCGAACGGACCCGGAGCCUUGCCUUCCACUUGGGACUUUGGACUUUCCGCACAGCGACCCGUCGAGCCACUCCCCAGCCUGUGCACCGACCGCGCCGAGCCGUCAAGUCAGCCGCGCGACAUCUUUCCUUUACCUACGGACUCCGGAAUCUUUGGUGGUGGUGUUUUGCGAUAUCCAGUGUGGAAACGGGCGCCCAUCCGACCUCGACGUCUUUCUACCCCACGACCCCGUCACAUCCAUCCACAUCUCCAUCCAUACCUUCAAGCUCGUAGUAGUAUCUCCACGGUCUCGCCCCGGGUCGUCGCAUCUCCAGUAGCAUCCAAAAUCAAAGAAAAAAGAAAAAAAAAAAAUUAGACCACAAUGGCCGCCCUCACACCCUCCCGUUCCGUCUUCGCCUCGACAUGCAAGACUAUUGCCCAGCAAUGCUCUAGGCGACCUGUCGCUGUCCAACAACUCGCUGCCGUCCCCGUCGCCCGCCAGGUCUCGUCGUCGUCGGCUGUCCAACAAGAACAAGAUGCUUCCGGCACCAGCAGCUCGCAGCAGCCCAGGCCAAGGUGGUCCUACACCCCCGAGCGCAUGAAGGGCCCCGGUUUCUCCCUCAACCUCGUCAAGGACCCCAGGCGCAAGCAGUGGAUGGUCAACAGCGACCCGGCAAAGUUGGAUGCCUUUUACGACGCCUUCCUCGGCCAGGGCGGCAGCCGGAUGCUAUCAGAGGAGACCAAGUGGCUGGCCGUCACCCACAAGAGUUUCGACUACGGAAGGAGAGGUUACAACACACGGCUGGCUUUCCUCGGCCGUCAAAUAAUCGCCCUCGAGACGACCCGCUCCAUCCUCACCAGCCCCGUCCUUAACGAGCCCAUCGUCGACAAGUACGGCCGCACGCCCUACAACCACGCCGCCCUGGCCAACAUCGACAAGCUCAUCUACACGCAACCGCUAGACAUUAUGGACAAGACCAAGAUCGCACGGAUGGGCAUCGACUUUGGCCUGCUCACCGUCAUGCGGUGGAAGCCCAGAAUGCCCGAAGAUCUCGAAUCCUCCGGUGUCGUCGUCGUUCUCAACUCCACCCUCUUCGCCAUCAUUGGCGCCAUCUCGUUAGAAAAGGGUGCCGCUGUCGCUCAGCGCAUCGUCAGAGAGAAGAUCCUCAAGAGGCUCGGAGCGUGAGGAGCGCAAAAAAGAGAGAAAAGAGAAAGUGAAAGAAGAGAAGCAUCCCUUUAUUGUAUACACCCCUGUACUAUAUCGAUGGGCAUAGAGGCUGGCAUAAUCCCGCAUACCCAUUUCAUACCUGCGGGCCGGAGUCCAGAAUGAUUAUUGUUUGCAUGCAAGAUGGCUCCAUCAAGUUGUUUGAGGGUUGCGACAUUGCAUCUUGAGAAUCGGGGGGGGGGGGGGUGCUGAAGUGUGUUGCAUGUUAUGGACUAACCGUGGAGCUAACAGCAGAAAAGGCAAACGACAAGACAUCGAACCACAAAGGAGCCGGCAGAGAAACUUACAUCUCACUCGCUCGAACUCAACAGCCGGCAGACCACAAUGUAUCGCAUUACCAGCGGUAGCUUGGCAACCUUCAAAGCACCCCAUCGUCAGCAACUCUCCACCCCCUUGCAGCAACCAUCGACCAUCUUCACACUCGGAGCAGCUUGACCACUUUCAGGACUUUCUGGCGUUCCUCACACACGUUCUUGCUCAUUGGCACUCCCCACGCCGCACUCUCCUACCUUAAAGCAACACAUGUCGGUGUCUGAUGGCGGAAGCGUGGUAUCGCAUACAUUGGCGGUUAGCAACAGACUGUUUCGAGCAUCUCCCAACCUUCCCUGAGGCGGGCAGAAACGAUUUGAGUUAGAGGAAAGCACCACACACAAGAAUCGAAGAGAAACACCAU